AUGGGCGCACAGGAUGCUGCAGAUGCCGAGGCCGUGCUGAACCAGCUGAUGCGGACGGGGGCCAACGUGGCUCCUCCAACCGGCGGCGAGGAGGGCAGCAGCGCAGAGUUUUUUGAGGAGAUCCGUAAGCUGCUGGCAGAUUUCAACGUCUCCAUCCAGGAGGAGUCAAAGGAUGGCAAGCUCCGCUUCCACGUCAAGCGGCUCAUCAAGUCCCAUCAGCAGCGAGGCGAGGAUGUGGAUGAGGAGCUCGACUUCUACAUGGAUGAUGAUGACGUUGCGGUGCUCUUCACCAUGGAGGACAGCUCCAAGGUCUUUGCCAUUGGCAACAUCGAGCAGCUCUCGAUGAGUCAGCGCAGCAACGGGGUCUUCAUCAACGACCCCAAGGGCCUCUUUAUCCUCCGGUGGUACCGUGAGGUGAAGGGUGACGGGACCCCCCCAGACGGCCCGCGCUACAAGAACAGAGCGUGCAAGUACUACAAGCUGACGAGCGACAACGAUGGGGAGGCCUUCCGCUGGACCAGCAACUACCAGAUCAUCAGCAAGGUGUACCUGAAGAAGCACUCCCCCCUGCCUCUCUGCUAUUCUCUCAGUGCGGCAGACAAGAAGAUGGUGACGUCCACCAUGAAGAAGAUGCGGCGUGCCGUGUCUGUCGGCAUCCACGACUUGCCGCACGAGGUCAUGCUCCACAUCUGUGAGACGCUGACGCCGCGCGAGACCUGCACCAUGAUGCUCGGUCUCGGGAAGCGCAGCGUGAUCUUUCGAUGCGUUUCCGAGGUGGCAAUCCUGCGUGGCUCCGCGCUUGGAAAGCAGAUCGAGAAACGCGAGGGCCUGAAAUGCACAGAGGAUGCCCUCAAGUACAUCCUAGGACGGCCGGUCGAAAGCAAGGAUCACAAGUCCGUCUGCACGGAGAAUGCGUGCGCCUGGCUGGCCUUGCCUGCGCCAAUGUGCUCGGCUCUCCUCGUCGCGCCGGCCGAUUAUCAGAUCGACGCCCUUCGCGGCGCGGCCUUUCUCGGUCUGCUGCCGCUGGCGCAGCUCCACGCCCGCGCCACCGAGCACGGCGCUUGCGUCAUCAAGCGCGAGCACUCCGAGACCGAGAAGCAGGCGUGCAAAGAGGCGGCCGCCUUCUGCCGCAAGGCGCUCCCACAGUCCGACGAGUCGCAGGCCCUCCGACAAGCCAGCGUCAGCAUGGUCACCGACGCCGAGCGGCGCUUCACCAACGUCUACCUACAGCUCUUCCAAGACCACGAGCUGCGCCGCCACAAUGCUGAGUCGGCCAGCUCUGCCAACACGGCCCUGUUCCGCUUCAUCGACCAGCACCUCGCCACCGCCACCGGCGUGCGUCUCGGCCCCGUCGAGAAUAUGCACAACUCGGCGCUGGUUGGGCUGCUUGCGGGCGGGUUGCUCGGCAACUCGGCCAAAGAGGACGACGAGAAGCAAGACUUCCUCUCCAAGGUCAUGAGCCGUUGCGAGAAGCCGCUCUCGCUCCAACGCUCCCAGCGCGAGCGCCGCUUCUGCGACCUCUGCCUCCAGCCCAUCGAGGGCAUGUAUGCGGGCUGCCGGAGCUGCGGCUUCGAUUGCUGCCCGCGUUGCGUCGACCCGGCGUCGCAGCCGACGCACGUCUGCGUGCCGCUGGACGUGGCGACGCGCAUGCACCUCUUCGUCGAGCUCUGCCAGACCGCCGAUGGCCUCGAGGACGCCCGCCCCAGCGCGAUCGCCGCGCAAGAGCAGCUGAGCGCGGCGCAGAUCGACUAUCAGGCCUUCCUCGCGAAGCGCGCCGAGCACGACGCGACGCUGCUGCGCCUCGCCAAGGGCGGCCAUCUGCACGAGCUCAAGAUAUGGCUCGACGCGUGCUACGGUGGUGCGGCCGCGAUGGGGCCGCGCAUGGUGCCCGAGCCGCCCUGCCUCGCCAGCCACGCGUGCUGGCACGACAUGCGUAGCGAGACUCGCGCGGAGAAGGACCAGCGCAUGCGUUGGUGGCGCGAGUCCACCUUUGGGCUCUUUGUCCACUUUGGCCUCUUUGCCAUCCCGGCAGGAUACCACAAGGGGCGCAGAGUCGGCCGUGGGACGAGUGAGUGGAUCAUGCACAGUGCCCGCAUCCCAGACCGCGAGUACGCAAAGUACGCCGAGCAGUUCAACCCAGUCGGCUUCAACGCGUCAGAGUGGGUCGCAACGGCCAAGGCCGCGGGCGUUCGCUACUUGGUGAUCACGACGAAGCACCAUGACGGGUUUUGCCUCUGGGACAGCCAAUACACAUCCUACGACGUGAUCGAUGCCACACCCUUCCGGCGUGACAUUGUGAAGGAGCUCAAGGACGCGCUGAGGGGCUCUGGCAUCGCACUCGGCCUGUACUACUCCAUCAUGGACUGGCACCAUCCGGACGCUGUUCUGCGCAAGUAUAACCAUCUCAACACGCCUCCCGCGCGCGCCAACUGGUCUCGAUACCGAGAGGAGUACAUGAAGCCGCAACUGCAGGAGCUCACUGCAAAGUUUGACCCGGCGCUUUUCUGGUUCGACGGCGACUGGAUCGAGGCGUGGUCUGAGGAGCAGGGUGUCGAGCUUUACAACUUCCUCCGCCGCCUCAAGCCGUCACUCCUCGUCAAUAACCGACUCAGCAAAGCGCGGAAGGGCCACCAAGGCAUGAACAGGUACAAGCACGCGGCGGGCGACUUUGGAACGCCAGAGCAGGAGAUUCUGAAGGAAGUCGAAGGCUACGACUGGGAGAGCUGUAUGACAAUAAAUGACAACUGGGGCUUCACCAAGGAUGACUCCAACUGGAAGACCACGUCCGAGCUGCUCCGUAACCUGGUCGACGUCGCGUCCAAGGGCGGCAACUACCUGCUCAACGUGGGCCCUGCGGCUGAUGGCGUGAUCCCCGCGGAAUCUGUGAGCCGGCUCCGUGACAUCGGCAGGUGGCUGCUGGUGAAUGGUGAGGCAAUCUAUGGGGUGAAGCGCGCGCAGCAUGCGCACGGCGAGGGCAAGAUGGUUCGAUUCACGACGCCGGCACGAGAGAGGAGCGUCGUGUACGCCGUCGCCCUACAAAAGCUGUCGCCACUUCGCAUUUCGAAUAUUCGCGUGGACAAGAGCGGAGGCGGCGAGGUUCGGAUGCUCGGGCACGGAGAUGCCCACGUACUGUAUGAGAGCACCGAUCAGGGUAUCUCGAUCGCGUGGCCGCCAGGGACCGCAGAGGCGGGCGAGCACGGCUGGGUGUUUAGGAUACAUGGCACCUUCGCGAAGCGGCGCGACGCAAACGAGGACGGUCUACCCUCCAACGCGGGAUGA